CCUUCGAAGAGCGGACAAAGGUUUUUUGCUCGACCCUACGAAAUCGUGAAAUGCUUUCCGGGAGGUUUUUUAAGGGUAACUGGCCCCCAUUUGGGCGUCUUCACUAGGUUGGCCGGUAACGGUGAGGGUGAUUUCCGUCCAUUUUCCGGGCACUAACUCGCUCCCUCUAAGUUUAUAAGUGGUUUCGUCGGCUUAAUUAAAUGCCCGGCAACCUUCGGGUGAUCGGCACGAGGGCCCAUGGACGGUGCCGGACGAGAGAAGAACCGCGGAAAUAGGCCUUUUAAAUUGGAAUGGGUGGAGGAGAAAGGCGCCGCCACCCGGAGCCCAUCGUAAUUGUCACGGCCGUCGACGGAGGAAGCGAAAGAGGAAGUGCCGGUCGGAGACGGAAGUUAUAUCAUCCACUUACCGAGAAACGAAUCGAAUUUUCAACCGCCGCCAAGUCGCGUUUUGAAGUAAUUGCCACGAGACGAUGACGAGUGAAACCGCCUCCGCUUUUCGCUUCGGGAUUUUCUACUUGGCCCUGGUCGCCAACGCCGGCGUGCGGGGAGGAAUCGCCCGUCACCCGCCGCGGAUCCUGGACGUUCGGGAACCGGCGGAUUAUCCGGCCGGCUCCAACGUCACCCUGGAGUGCCGAGGAAAACUGCCUGUGAAGUGGGAAACGCCCGAGCACGAAGAAUACGACUUGCGCCGAUCGGAGACGUCGGAGGGGGACGAGUACCGACUGAAUUUAACCCUGGUCGGCGUCGCCUACUACCAGACCGGGUUGUACACCUGCUGCUACCGGAACGCCGCCUGCGGGGACUCCAGGUAUUCGGCCUCCGUCUAUUUGUUCGUCAACGACCGAGACAAUCCCAUCGUGGUCUACAACGACUUCGUCCAGGCCAAUUCGGGCAAAUCCAUCCUGCUGCCCUGUCUUCCCACUUUCUCCGACCUGAAGAUAAACCUGUCGGUGAACGAAGAAGACAUUUCGGCCAGAGAGGGGGUGACUUUCGACCCGCGCAAAGGAUUCGUGGUCGGGAACGCCGAUCACACUUUGGACGGAUCCGUCGCCUGCAAAACCGACAGAUUCGGAGGAUUCGAGGAGUACCUGCGAGUCCAAGUGCACCACACGCCGCGUCCGUUGGAGCCUUUCGUCACCCGGAGUAAAGACAUCCCGGAAGAAGGCGAAGCGUUCUCUCUCAAUUGUUCGGUGGAAGCGCAACACGGAACCACCUUCAGGAUCGACUGGCGUCUUCCCGGACGAAACGACGGCGUCUGGGUGGAGGAGGAGUCCUACUUUGUGGACCGGGAGGAUCCCGACGGACGCCGCACCAGGUUCUCCAGCCGGCGACUGGGGGUGGAGCGGGCCCGGCGGACGGAUUCGGGCAACUACACGUGCGUGGUGACCCCGGGAAACGCCCAGGGGACCAAGUACGAAGUCACCGAGAGCGUCCGCAUCUACGGUCGGGGACAGAAGCCGUUCGUCCGUCUGACUCUGGAGGAGGAAGAGGAGCGGGUGGAGAGGAGGGUGGGAGAGCGGGCGCUCUUCCGGGUGCGGACGGAGAUCGUGCCGGCCGGACGACCCGUGGACUAUCGCUGGGAGAAAGACGGAAGGCCGCUGGUGCCGGAUUCGCGCCUGGUCCUUCGACACGGAGAGGGGGUGGCCGAGUUGAGGCUUUCCUCUCUACGGCCGGAAGACGACGGCAACUACACCCUGCGGGUGCGCUCGGGAGAGGCGGAGGGCAACCUGACCGUCCUUCUGCGGGUGGUGGACAGACCCCGGCCGACGGUGCGGGGCGCCCGGGAGUGGUACCUUCGGAACCGCACCUACGUGUUGUCGUGCGAGGUGAAGGGUCACCGAGCCUCUCCGCCCCGGUGGCAGUGGAGGAGCUGGAAGACCACCAGGAGCGGCGGCCGGGACUGGGAGGAGGCCUCCGGGCGGGUGGCCGCCGUCCGACUCUUCGGCCGCCGGGCGCGGGCCGAAGUGGUGGCCCGGGAGACGGGAAACUUCAGCUGCGUCUCGUCCAACUUCGUGGGAGAAGGUCGCCUGCUGGUGCCUUUCGUGGUGACGGACGUGGAAGACGGGUUGUGGGCGGAGCCGUCCGAGGCACGACCGGUGGAGGGAGACGCCUUUCGCCUGACCUGUCGGGCCGACGAUUUUCUCUUCCGGACCGUGGGCUGGCGCAGACGACGACCCGGACUACCGGACCUUCCGGUGGAAGACGACCCUGCCGGAGGCGUUCGGGUAACGGAGAGCGACGCCGACUUCUCCCUGGUGGCCGUCCUGGAGUUUCCCAGCCUGGGCCAGCGGCACCGGGCCAACUACACCUGCGCCGCCACUCGGAGGAACGACUCUUCGCUCUGGUCCGAGACGACGGUGGAGGUGCGGGUCCGAGCGGCGGAAGCGCCGUGGUUGGAAGAGACCAACAUGAACGGAACCCGAGUGGUGGCUUCGGCCGGACAACGCUACGAGUUUACCUGUUACGCGCGAGGAGUGCCUCCGCCCCGAAUCUCCUGGUUCAAAGACGAUCGACUGUUCAACCACUCCGGCCACAACGGAAUAGAGUUAAAGGACGACUCUCGGAGACUGGUCAUAGAAAGACUCCUGGACGACGAUUCCGGCUUUUACCUGUGUCGAGCGGAAAACCCAGCCGGGAUCUCGACCGCCAACGUCACUUUCGUGGUGGCCAAAGACCGAGUGGAAGCUCGGCGGCGAGAGAGGGAACGAAACGCUUACACCGCGGUUUUCGCGGCGGUCUUGGCGCUGGUUCUGCUGAUACUGGCCGCCCUCCUGAUCAGAAAAGUCCUGAAAGAAAAGAGAGAGAAGAAGGAACUGGAAAUCCUGACCCACGCCGUCUUCUAUAAGGGUCGAGCGGAACAAAUCAAUCCCGACUUGCCGUUAGACGAACAGAUCGAUCUGCUGCCUUACGAUUGCAGCUGGGAACUUCCGCGGGAGUGCUUGAAAUUAGGAAAGACGUUGGGUCAAGGAGCCUUCGGAAGGGUGGUGGAGGCGGAAGCCCGGGGAUUGGGCGGACAAGGAUCGACGGUGGUGGCGGUCAAGAUGCUAAAGGAGCGAGCCGACCGGGAGCAGAUGAAAGCUCUGAUGGCCGAACUGAAAAUCCUGAUUCACCUGCGCCCGCACGUCAACAUCGUCAACCUGCUGGGAGCCGUGACGGAAAACAUGGCAAAAGGAGAGCUGAUGGUGGUGGUGGAGUACUGUCGAUACGGAAACCUCCGGCACUAUCUCCUGGGGAGGAAGUCGGCCUUCGUCCCCCGGUCGCCCUCUUCCGAAAAGUCCGAUUACGAAAACUUGACGUCUCCGGCAAGCUGGAGCCAAAGCCCGGGGGAAUGGAGCCGGCCCAGCGCCGAGUGGUGGCGCGGACGGACGGGUUCCGAAGAGGAAGGAGACGGCAGCUUCGUCUAUCGAAGAACCGGCGGACGCCGGGAGUCGGAAGGUUCCGAGAGCAGAGAGGGGGCCCGCAGAGAACCCGUCACCACCGCCCGCCUGCUGUACUUCGCCUACCAAUGCGCGCGAGGAAUGCAGUAUCUGUCGGACAGAAAGUUGAUCCAUCGGGACCUGGCGGCCAGAAACGUCUUGGUGGCCGACCGCCACGUGGUCAAGAUCUGCGACUUCGGAUUGGCCAAAGACUGCUACAAAUACUCCAAUUACGUCAAGAAAAACAACGGUCCUCUUCCCAUCAAGUGGAUGGCCAUCGAGUCCAUCAGAGACAAAGUCUUCACCACCAAGAGCGACGUGUGGUCGUUCGGAGUCUUGACCUGGGAGAUCUUCUCGUUGGGAGCCACUCCUUAUCCCGGAAUGGAAGUCGACGCCGAAUUCUACAAGAUGCUCAGCCGGGGAUUCAGGAUGGACCGACCGGAGUACGCUCCUCCCGAUCUGUACGAAAUGAUCCGACUGUGUUGGAAGGCGGAACCCGAGGAACGUCCCACCUUCGCCGAACUGUCGCGGCGAUUACGGGAGUGGGUGGACCCGGAAGACCUGAAAUCGUACGAAGAAGCCGAGCGGGGCUACCGGACCACCGACGACCGCAAGACGGAAUACCUACGCAUGGGAGAAGCCACCGGUCCCGAAAAGUCUUCGGACGACGACUCUUCGGCCCACUACCUCCGACCGGGACGGGUUCGUCCGGUGGGAGACGGUCCCGUGCCCGCCGCCCCCAUGGAGGCGGUUCCCAUGAUCCAGCUGGACCCGGUCCCGCCUGGCCGGGGAAAGAGGCCGGAGGAGGAGCCUGUUUGGGAGCGCCGCCCCUCCGACUACGUCUGCAUGAAGUCUCCCCCCGCCUUCUCGUAACACCCGGCGCUUUCCCGUCCGAGAGGCCUUUUACCCGCCGCCGAGAAGCCGAGCCUCUUUUUUUAACCCGUAAAAUUGCCACCGGGCAGAGCGGUCCCCACUCCUUCCGGCCGUGCCAGUCGCCGCGCCCGGGGGCGGGAAUCCCUCGGG